AUGCUUCAUCAAACUAUGCAUAUUAUAUUAUGUGAAAGAGAAAAUAAUUAUAACUUAUCUAAAUUAAUUGAUUAUGCUGAAGUUAAUAAAAAAGAAUCUAGUACAUAUAUUGAAAAAUAUAUAUUUACAUGUUGUCCAGAUUGGAUAGCAAUAUAUGAAACUGGAAUUAUAUCUAUUUCACAAAUAAAUUCAAUUUUAAAUGCAUUAAAAGCAGAUCAAACUGUAUUAUCAUUAUUACCACAAGGUCUUAAUUUUUAUACAAGAAAUGUUUCUACAAUCGCAUUGGAUAUAAUAUCUCUUGAUUUUCAAAAAUCAUGGGAACUUUAA